GACGGCCGAAUUCAUUCAUCGUCGGAAGUCCUUGUGUGAGUAGGCCCUACGGGUUUGACGACGGUAGUGUGGAGGAAUCAGAGGUGACGGAGGACCCGGAGGAGGGAGGAGGGAGAAGGGAGAAGGGAGAAGGGAUAGCAAAUACGCUGUGUGCCAGGCAAAAACAGAGGGCAAGAAGGCGGGGAGGAUGUUCGUUUGACGAGAGAGGGAGAGGAAGAGCGUAGGUGCACCAGUAGUAGGCGGAGAGAAGGGAGCGCUACUACCCGUCUUCCGCCGAACACAACGCACCCUUAUUUUGGCAGUAUCUGGCCGGAAACAUAGCUUGUAUACAUUCAUGUUUAGGGUGCGUUAUGUUCGGGGGAGGACUGUAGUCGUGGAAAAGAGGGAAAUUGGCGGGGAGAACGUUUGACUGCCCAUUUGGCGCCAUGGUCGGGGAAGAGAUUUGAUUGACAAUUGGCCACGAUUGGCGGGAAGAACAUUUGAUUGACCAUUAAUCGCACUUUUGGCGGGAAGCAAAUUUCGUCAUCCGCUUCGUAUUGGAGAAACACCUGUCUGUCUGUCUGUCUGUCUGUCUAUGCUCCUGUCUGUCCCUGCUUGUCUUGCUCCGCCGUGUCGCCAUGGAUAUAGCCGCUGCGGAUCCACGGCUGGCGGAUAUCGUCAGCAAACUGAACGAGUUGUACGGCACACGAGACACGUUCUUUCCAGCCGAUCUGUCGAUCAAGAAGGAGAAACUCGAUGCCGGGACGAAGGAAAUACUGCGCGCUCUCGAAAUAGUUCUUGAAGAGAAUUCUGAUAACCCCCCUCGAAGAGGGUACUGUGCUUAUCUCCGUGGGAAAGCCCUCAACGUGACUCCUGAUUAUUGCAAAGAAGCGGAGGACAACUUGUCAAAGGCUGUGAAACUUGAUCCGGCACUUUCAGACGCCUGGGUCUGUUUGGGGAAUUGUUUCUGGAAGAAGAAUGACCUUGCCUCAGCAAGGAAUUGUACGCCGGAGGAGGUUGAACUUGUGAAGUCGAGUGUGCAACAUGCCAAGGAUGCCGUGUCUCUCGACGUGAAGGAUGGAAACUCAUGGUACACACUAGGGAACGCCUACCUCACCCAGUUCUUCUCCGAAGGAUCCGCUGACAUCGGAAAGCUGAAGCAGUCGCUGAAGGCAUACCAGAUUGCGGAGCGUGAUCCAGCAGCAUGUUCAAACCCAGACCUGCACUUCAAUAGCGCCGUGGUGUAUAGAUAUUUUGAGGACUACGAGAAAGCUCUCAAGGGGUUUGCUGCUGCUGCCGCAAGGGAUCCGACCUUGCAUGCCGAGGAGCAGAUUGAAAAGAUUGUCCGUCUCCUUGCUCGACUCGAAGAACUUGCAUCGACAAAGCUUCUGCUGGACGACUCGCAUGCAAUGGUGAGAACGUUGAGCGAAGGCGUGAACAAGGGGGUGGCGGUUAUCGGCAAAGUGCUGCUUGCAGUGCCCGCCGAAGACUCUGUUCCGCUGUGUUUUGUGCUUGUAGAUGCAGAUGGCACCUGCUUCAUCCUCUCUGUGUACUCUGUCCGUGAUGGAGUGAUCAAGGAUGGUGGCAGCUGCGUUACGCUGCUAGACCCAUUUUUCCAGAAGGUCUUCGUGAGAUGGGAGGACAAGGUGUACGCAUAUGAUGGCAUGCGACUCGAUUCUCCGUCCCAGUUACUGAUUGGUGGAAAGCAACUACGGUCCAGGGAUAUCGCAAGAUCGACUUUGCAGACAGAGAACAUACCACCCUAACAGGCACAGCUUAUUCGCCUUAUCAAGGCGCUCUGUCUCGUGUGUGUGUGUGUGUGUGUGUGUGUGUGUGUGUGUGUGUGUGUGUGUGGGUGUGUGUGCGUGCUGCGUGCGCAUCCAUUCAUAGCAGCUCAAUCGCUUGGUUGAUUCCGUAAAGCCUGGGCAAGAGGCAAUAUUGGCAUUAUAUUGCUUCCCAUUCUGUGUGAGACAGUAUGUCAGUCUUCAGCCAGUUUGUCUUGAUUCGGUCUUUGCAAGCAGGGCAUAUGGAUUUUGUGUGUGCAGGCAAGCCAUGGGGGGUUUCUUUUCGCAGGUUUUGUGUGUGAAAAAUUCCAAAAAUACGCAUGGAUGUUACCUCGGUGAGCACACCUCGGUAAGUUUUAAAGGCACAGCUUGGAGAGUGUUUGCUGUGUGUGUGUUUGCAGGCAGGCCAGGUGGAUUCAUUGUGCGCAUGCAGGCCUUGUAGACUUUUUGCGUGCAUUCAGGCCAUGUGGAUUUCUCUCUGUGAACCAUAUGUGGAUAUGACCAAGGAGCACUCCUCGGUCAGAUGUAAGUUUGUUUGGCGAGUCUUUGGUGUGUCUAAUGGUCGCAGGUUCAAUGAAUCCACGCAGGCCAUGUCGACUCGGUGUUUUCAGGGCAGACCAUGUGGAUGUGUCGGUCUCUGAAGUACGAGUGUAGUAACCGUGCAGCCCACGUUGGUUAAGACUUGAGGUAGUGGAUGUGUCGGUCUCUGAAGUACGAGUGUAGUAACCGUGCAGCCCACGUUGGUUAAGACUUGAGGUAGUGGAUAAUUACCAAGGACCACACCUCGGUUAAGGUUUGAGCCUUGAGGUAGUGUGGUGUGGUGGAGAGUCUCUUCCUGGGUUUAGGGUUUCAGGCCGGCUGUAUGAAUUAUCUGUGUCUGUGAACUGUGUGGAUAUCAGCAAGGAGCGCAUGUUGGUGACAUAGCAGGUAUGUGGAGACACUGGAGAGUCUUUGCUGCCUAUUUCGAUUCUCUUUGCUGGCCAUGAGCAUUGCCUCUGCUCGUCAUGUGGGUACGCUCGGGGCCCUGUUGGCAGGACACCCCGUCUGCGGAUUUUUUGUUCAUCUUGGUUUGAAUUGGGAAGGGUCUGCAAACCAACUGGCCUAGCUCAGUUGGGACAGUGCUGCACCCCUAAACUGAACUGUUGAAAUACAGACCAGGUGCUGAGUUCAAAGUCCACAAGAAGCAGACCGGAUGAGUGAAAUGCUGUAACUCCAAAAAACAGAAUGGAAAGGGGGUCUGCAAACCCUGUUGUCCCAAGAACACAGCAAGGCAUUGGACCUUCCGAGUGGCAGCGUCAUCAAACUGGGUUGGAAUAAAAGACUCUUUAGCGCAUACUCACACUAGCUCUCAGGGCAUACUUGCGCUAGCACUUUUGUAAAUGUAUCCGACCGCAAUUGCAGUCGGAGCUGGAUGAAUCUGACCCCAAUUACGUCCAGAGCUGAGUAGAAAAAAAGUCCUCCGUCUUCACCCACCCAAGUAGAACGCCCGAUCAUUAUAGCUGUGUUUGGUGCGCAACUCUCAGAUACAGAGAUAGCGACCAGGAGUUCUACUCUGGUGAAGACUGUAGUGCGAGUAUUGCCUUUCCAAGUCGGGAUAAGGUUACAACCGGAUCCGUAUCAUAACUGGGUAACCCUACCGUUGGGAAGGUCUCCUGCCUUGCUGUGUCCUUUUUCACCGCUUGAAGGACUGCAAAGGUUGUGGUGACCUCCUAAAGGGUGAACAUGGCUUGAAGGACUGCAAAGGUGGUGACCUCCUAAAGGUGUCCUCCACACCAUCAUCAAAUUCGGGUUUGAGACGGACGGGAAUCACACGAGCUCAGGGUAGACGUUCUUUCUCGUCUGCCUCCGUGAUCUGUCCUUUUUGGUAAAAAAGGGUGACGGCCUUGAGAUAUCAUCAUUGAGCUGACCGGCCCCACGUAACUCAGAAUUAUUUUAUUCUGUUCCUCAGACUUCGUCUUAUUGCGGCUGGACUCGAAGUCGGGUCUGUAUUUCAACAAUUCGCGCCGUGUACCAAAUGAGCUUAGCACAGUGAUCUGGAUUCGAACUUAGGUCUGUUUAUUAUCAACAGUUGAUGAUUGUACCAUUCAGCCGGUACACAUGGGCUGAUCAGGGUAGACCUUCUUCCUCUCCUUUAAGAUCUGAAAGAGGACGCUGGAUGACGUUUUGCCGAAGGAUUGUGCGAAUUUCGCUGAGGAUGAACGUGGACUUAGUGGCACGCAAAUUUGACUCAAGGAAUCGAGCUUGUGACCUUCCCCUUUAACCCACGACUGCUAUCGUGGAGGGACUCCUUUUUGCCGAAGUCGCGACUACAAUAGGCCCGGAUUUCCCCCGGAUGGACUGCAGAAAUUGGUACACAAUACCUGGCCUUGUUAGUAGUGGUGGUUCCAAAGGAGGAUGCCUAACCAAUAGCCAAAAGUACUCUGGAGGAUGCUGCUGAAGGAACACAAUUUUUUGACUCAAGGGGAGGAAUCGAGCUCGCGGCCUUUCCCCUAAACCCGCCACUGCUAUCUGGGAGGGACUCCUUUUUGCCGAAGUCGUGACUACAAAUUUCUACACUAGGCCCGGAUUUCCCCCCGACUCGGAUGGACUGUUAGAAAUCGGUACACCGUACCUGGCCUUGUUAGAAAUCGGUACACGGUACCUGGUCUUGUUAGAAAUCGGUACACCGUACCUGCUAUCUGGAGGAUGCGGCUGAAAGACUCAGAAAGUCACUGAAGGAAAGCAGUGAGUACUGAAGAUGUCGUCGUGACACUGGGGGUUGGCAAGGGAUGGUGAAGAAGGAACUAUUCACAGAGCAACCCAGCAACAGCCAUUGCCAGUGAUGCUUUUGGGAGAGGGAGAGGGAGAGGGAGAGGGAGAGGGAGGCAUUGAUUGACAGGAGUCUUCUAAAUAGGAAGCGGAGGGCGGACUGCUUCGCAAAGUUCUGGAUUUUUUUUGUACUUUACUCAGUUUACUGUUCCAUCCACUUUACUCUAGUUAAGAAGUUGACGCUGCCCACCCCUAACUCAGCAGCGUUCAGAUCAUUUUCAUGCGUUGAGCACUUGCAGGGGAGUAAGUAAAUUGGGUGAGCACAG